AUGUCUUUUGUCCAAGUUUUCGACAGAGUUGACAAGAACAAAGAUGGUAAAAUUUCAUACGACCAGUUCUCUCAAGGGUUCCGUGAUUUAUAUCCUUUGAUGUCGUCUGAAGAGAUGGAUAAGAUGUUCAAGGAGGUUGACGUUGAUGGUGACGGUCAAAUAGACGUUAUGGAGUUUGCUAAAUUAAGCUAA